AUAUUUUGAGGAAACAGGCUGAAAAGUUUGGCAGCAUAUUUUUAUACUUUAUGUCUGAAGUGAAAUUGCUUAAUUGUGCCUCUUUUUUAUUUAUUUAUUUUAUUAUGUUGUGUUUUACUGUACAGCACUUUGUAUCAGCUGUGGUUGCGCUAAAGCGCUUUAUAAAUAAAGUUGGUUCGGUUCCAGAUCCGGUUGGAAACCACAAAAAUAUUAUUUUAAGCGCCGUAAAAAAUUAAAGACUUUGAGAAAUAUAACAGAACUACUAAUCAAAUGCAUAACACAUCGAAACUAUGAAGCUGGAGACGUGAGGACAUGGCUUUGAGGAGAAAAGAAAAGAAAUAAAACAAGAAAAAAGAAAAAUUACAAGAAAAAACUCUGAAUUCCUACAGUGCAGGCAGCACCUGAACGCAGCACAGUUCCCGUGUUGUCCUUUGAACGCAGCAGCUCGUCGCCGUUUAUCCAAGGAGAGCAGAGGAAGGACGCGGCGAACAGCAAGGUGAGCAGAAGAAGGACGCGGCGAACAGCAAGGUGAGCAGAAGAAGGACGCGGCGAACAGCAAGAUGACGAGUUUGCAGCUGAGCGCCAAAGAGGAAAUGUUGGAGAAGUUUCUGGACGCUGCAGCAAGAGGAGACCUGUCCCAGGUGUCCACCGUCCUGUCCAACGUCCCUUCACUCCUCAACGAGACGGGACACAGCGGCUGGACGGCGCUGAUGCUAGCAGCUCGUAACGGCCACCACCAUGUGGCGGAGAAGCUGCUGCUGCUCGGCUGUGACAGGUUCUCUGUGAACAGUUCAUCACAGACUGCCUACGACAUCGCCAAGUUCUGGGGUCACAGACACAUCGCCGGCCUGCUGGGCCGCGCGGGCCUGCCCGGCGUCCUGCCCGGCGUCCUGCCCGGCGCCGACCUCCACCCGCACGAAAACUACUUCAGCAGAGAGACGCUGGACCGGCAGAGUGGGAAGAGAACCGAUAAGGUCUGGUUAGAGGCCAAACAGAGCGACUCGGAGACCGUCUACCUCCUGUUCUCCAACCUCAGCCCCAUGGUCAGGACGCAGCAGGGGGGCGGCAGUGAAGCGCAGACGGACAUGAAGCUGUGCCGCUUCAGGUAUGAGGAAGUGAAGGAUCUCCUGCUGAAACCUUCAACCGUGACGAUCUUCCUCGGAAUGGAGAAGACGAAGAACCCGUCCUCUUCCUCCUCCUCCGAGAAAACAGAGAGUCUCUCUGAGCCUCCGGUUUGGUUCGCCAUCAACACGGACGAAGACGCUGCUGCCCUCCUGGAGCGCUGCAGGGAAAAGAACUGUUCAUUCCCCAGGAGUCCCAACAGAGACCUGCUGAAGCUGAGCGAGGAAGAGGCAGGCGUCGUGGCGCAGGCCCGGUCGGUGCUGGCCUGGCACAGCCGCUACAGCUUCUGCCCGACGUGUGGCGGCGCCACCAAGAUGGAGGAGGGCGGCUACAAGCGGAGCUGUCUGAACUCUGGGUGCCGCAGCCUGCAGGGCGUCCACAACACGUGCUACCCAAGAGUCGACCCAGUGGUCAUCAUGCUGGUGAUCCACCCGGACGGAAACCAGUGUCUGCUGGGCAGGAAGAAGGUUUUCCCCGUCGGGAUGUUUUCCUGCCUCGCCGGAUUCGUGGAGCCUGGUGAGCCGGCAGCACACACACACACACACACACACACACACACACACACACACACACACACCCUGAGGUCUGAGCGCGUCUCCAUGGCUGCAGGGGAGACGCUGGAGGAGGCGGUGAGGAGGGAGACGGAGGAGGAGAGCGGCGUGAAGGUGGGCCCGGUCCAGUACGUCUCCUGCCAGCCGUGGCCCAUGCCCUCCAACCUGAUGGUCGGCUGCCUCGCCGCCGCCGUGUCCACCGACAUCAAGGUGGACGGGAACGAGAUCGAGGAGGCGCGGUGGUUUCCACGGCAACAGUUGAUCGAUUCCUUAUUCAGGGGAGACCGCUCGGUGUUCGUCGUCCCUCCCAGACAGACAAUCGCCCAUCAGCUGGUCAGGCACUGGAUCUGCAUGAACUCUAACCUCUGACACGAAACGUCCAGGAGACGACCUGCUGCUGAAACGAACGUUCAAACAUCUGAUUUUAAAUGAAACGCAUCAACUGCUGGACUAUACACUGACCUCCACACAGGUUUUACUUUUUAUUUCCUGGUUCACGAAGAGAAACAAACAUUUACAUAAAGCAAACGGAAACCACAGAAGAAGAAAUCUGCUAGCUUAGCUUUUUGGAGAUUGGAGAGAAACAGAUUAUUGUCAUCAGCAAAGAAAAGUAAUUUUUCCAGGGAAGUAAACCUUAAAAAGUUUUGCAAAAAUGUUUAAUAAAUUCCCUGACUUACCUUGACUAACGCAGCUGGGUAGAAGCAACAGUUAAAAGAAAAAGAUUGAAUAUUUUAAGUCCUUUUGUUUCAUAAAACUGUUUUUAUUAAUGUCAAACUUUUUUCUGAUU